GUUCGUGAAUGAAUGUAAAAAAAAACAACUAAUGUCAAAUUUAUUUAUUUUGUAAAGUAACGUUAAUUAAUCUCAUAUCAAUUAUAUAUGUAUAAAUGUUUCCCUAUAAAAAGUGUAUAAACUUUAAAGAUUAGAAUUUAAAAAAAUGAAUUAAAUUAGACGAACGAGAAAUAAUAAUGUGAGCCGUUUUUCCAGUCGUUCAGACGCCGGGAGUUUCGUUAUUUUUUGUUUAACAAAAAAAAAAAAAAAAAAAAGAAACAAAAUUAUGUUUGAUAUUUGAAAAAAAAAAUUUCUACUGUAUAGCAUCAAAAUUCUAAAGGAUAAAAAAAAACAACAACAAAUGGACGAAAUUUGGUUUCGACUCUCGAGUCAACUCGAAGUUUUACAGGUUGAAACAUCAGUUAUUCUUCAACAUGGACAACAAUGGCUAUCGGCAUUCAUAGUUCAAUGUCGUCGAAUUCUCCAGGAAUUAAAUGACGAGGAAUAUUUUCGUCAACUAAAGGAAAUUGGUUUACGAAUUAUUUAUUUGUUACAAAGGAAUUGGGACGAAUUGCAAUAUAAAAUCACUGCUUUUCAAUUUAAUACAAGAGCAUUCUAUCAUCAAAUUGGAAAUCUCUUUUCUAAUGGAGUUUCAGGAAGAGAAGUGGGAUUUUUUCUGAUAGGAAUAGCGACAGGUAGUUUAAUUGGAUUUUGCAUUGGGCAAAAUUGGCGAAAUUCUCCUCGUCAUUUACAUAAUAUGAAAGCAAUUAUUUGCCAUCAUUAUAAAGGAGUUGAGGGAGUUUGCAUGGUUGAGGAUAUAGAAAUGCCAAUGAUUCAGAAAAAAAACGAACUCCUGGUGCAGGUGAAAGCCGCCUCUGUUCAUGAUGUGGAUAUAAACAUUUGUCACGGAUAUUAUAAAACUUAUCGAAGAAUUCUCAAUUCGGGAAGACAUAAAGAUUUGCCAGUGACUUUAGGCAGAGAUUGCGCGGGAAUUGUUGUCGAUAUUGGACAAAAUGUCGUCAAUUUUGAUAUUGGCGAUGAGGUGUUUCUCGCUGUUCCAGCAUGGGCUCCAGGAACAAUGGCCGAGUACAUUGUCGUUCCCGAGACUCAAGUGGCGAAAAGACCAAAACUAGUAACAUUCGAGGCGUGUGCAAGUUUACCCUACAGUGGUUGCAUCGCUUGGGAUGCUCUCGUCAAUGGAUCCGUCAUUAAAGAAGGAAACGCUAAAGGCAAAAGAGUUUUAAUUUUCGGAGGCAGCACUCCAGUUGGAUGUAUUUUGACGCAAUUGAUCAAAUUGUGGGGAGGUUAUGUGGUUUCGGCAUGUAGACCGCACGCGGUUCCUGUGACAAGAGCCUUGGGAGCUGACGAAGUUAUUCCUCUUGGCGAAUCAGACAUUGAGAAAGAAUUGGAAUUACGUGACAAAUAUGAUGCAAUUUUUUACACUGGUGGUCAAGCGACGGACGCAAGUGUAUUGAAGAGAUAUUUAUCGAAUCACGGAAGUUACAUAUCAACGGUACCAAAAUUAUUAACGUCCGAUUCAUUGGGACUCGUUUUUGGAAGUCUUUUCGCCGGAUGUGUUCGAUUACAACUAGUAAUUCAGUACUUCUUUGGAAUGAGCAAUUAUAAAUGGAAAGACGGUGCUAAAAUAAAUGUCAAUUAUCUACGAUGUCUACAAGAACUUGUCGACGCCGAUAAACUUCAAACAGUCGUUGAUCGUGUAUUUUCGCCAGUUCGUAUCGAUCAAGCACUCGAUCAUAUUAUGGAUCCAAAUGCAAUUGGUAGUACUGUUAUAAAAUUUCAUUGAACGUGAAAAAUAAUCAACGAAGAAAAAAAAAACAAUAAUUAUUACAACAUCUUUUUUUGUCAAAAAAUUAAUAUUUAAAAAAUUAUUACCAGGAUUGAGGGAAGAAUAAUUUUUUCUUUCUUUUAUAUACUUGAAAACAUAAAUCAUCGCAAGACUGAAAUAAUAAAAUUCGACUCGUCCGAAGGUUGUUUUUUUUUAUUAUUAUUUUUUUUUUAUCUAUCAAUGAGACAAUAAACGAGAAAAAGAAACAUCGAGUAUAACGAAAAAAAGUGUACUUAUAGUAAAAAAGAAAAAUAUUAUAUUUAUAUAUAUAAUAUAUAUUUAGAGAAAUAUCAGGGCUAUUUCCAUGAACUGGAAAUAAGUGCCCGAAGUUUUUUUUUUGUAAAAUAAGCCUUUUAUUUUUUAAAGGCGUUGUUUGUAUAUUUCAAAUUGUAUUUUAUACCAAAAAAGAGAAGAAAGUUAUUUUGCAAUAUAUUCUUUUUUUUAAAGAAAUUAUUUUUUACAGAUUUUAAAAUCAAUUCGCACUUCGGAUGCAAAUGAAAAUUUCAAUUAAAAAAAAAAAAAUUAUAAUAAACUUUUCCUGGAGUUUAGUAAAUG